GUAAAUUAAUUCGAUAAUAGAUAUAUUAUCAUCAUAUGCCUUAUGAAACAUCCUUCAAAGUAAAUAGUGCAAGGACUGCACUCUAAUAAACCUUAAUUAAGACUCAGAUAAUUAAGUUGUUUGUAAACUUAGAGAUUAAAUAAUAUUAAGUCUAAAAGAGUAGUUAGUAGUUUCAAUGAAAAUCAAAUAAUACCAUCGUAACAUAGAGCGAGAUCAUAAAGAUUAUACAAUAAUAAAAAUAAAUCCCUUUUGUAAUGAUCAAGUCUUCUUAUAGAAAUGAUGAUCAUAUUGAAGGUGAAUAAACUUUUUAG